AGUAAGGCUAUUUCCGUUUCCGCCACGAGAAAAAUGGGAAAAGUGAAGAAAACAAAAAAUUCAAGACCAGGAGUUCUUCCUCUUGCGGAACAGGUCCUAGACGAUAGCACUGUCAAACCAACGAAUCGGACCAAAAUUAGAAAAAGGGAAGAGAAAGAUGAUGAGUUUGUUGAUGAUAAAUUGUCGAGGAGGAUUUUGGAACAGGCAAGAAUACAGCAGGAAGAACUAGAGGAGGAACAUGGAACAACAAGUACGUACACACAUUCCAGUGGCAAUGCGAGGAAAAAGCCCCGACAAGUACAACUGGGUGUGGUUAGAUCAAAGGGGGUGGAGUCAGAAGAGGAGGAAUCUGAGGAGGAGGAGGAGCAUGAGGAAUUUUAUGAGCAGAUUGAAGUUGCUGAGGAAGAUGAAGAAGCAUUGACAAAGUUUAUGUCCCACAAUCCUCCAGCUAGACGUACACUGGCAGACAUCAUACAGGAAAAACUGACAGAGAAAAAAACAGAAAUACAAAGUCAAAUGACAGAUAAUGCAAGUGUUCAGUUAGAUCAGCUAGACGAGAGAUUAGUCAACAUGUACAAAAGCAUACGACAGAUACUGCAAAAAUACCGCAGCGGAAAGUUACCGAAAGCUUUCAAGGUUAUACCAUCCCUCAGAAACUGGGAACAGAUACUAUAUUUAACAGAGCCCGAGACGUGGUCUGCAGCUGCCAUGUACCAGGCAACCAGAAUAUUCACUUCAAAUCUUAAUGCCAAAAUGGCUCAAAGAUUUUUUAACCUGGUACUGUUACCAAGAAUUCGAGAUGAUAUUUCUGAAUACAAGCGGCUGAAUUUUCAUUUGUACCAGGCACUGAAAAAAGCUUUGUUCAAACCAGCGGCCUUCUUUAAAGGAAUUUUACUACCACUUUGUGAGGCGGGAAACUGUACAUUACGAGAGGCUGUGAUUAUAUCAAGUAUUCUUGUAAAGAAUUCUAUACCCAUGUUACACUCGGCGGCAGCCAUGUUGAAAAUUGCCGAAAUGGACUAUAAUGGUGCAAACAGUAUAUUUAUACGUGCAUUGUGUGAUAAGAAAUAUGCAUUGCCAUACAGAGUGGUGGAUGCUUUGGUGUUCCAUUUUGUGAGGUUUACAACAGACAAGCGAGAGCUGCCGGUGUUAUGGCACCAGAGUUUGUUGACAUUUGUACAGAGAUACAAAGAAGAUAUAUCCAGUGAACAGAAAGAAGCAAUGAUGGAAUUGUUACGUGUACAUUCACAUGAACUGAUAACUGCAGAGGUGCGUCGCGAGCUCGCUCAUUCAAAAUGUCGCGAUUUGGAAGUUGGGGAGGGUGCAGGGACAAGAAUGUAUAUGGGGGAUUGAUCUUUUACUUGUUUUUCUGUUUUGAAGAGUACUUGUUGAUUGUCUGUUACGCAUGUAUUAAGUGAAUAAAUGAUAUCUUUGCA